AUGACAUCGCCGUUGGCCGCUGCAGCGGCUGCUCCCACACUUCAGGCUUUCAGUUCCGCGACACCUCAGCUUACAACCCAGCAGCUAGCUCAGCAACACAUCCAAGAAGACUCUGCGCUUCCUUCCCCGUUGCUUAGGAGGAGGAGGCGAGGUGACGGCCUCAAGUACAUCGGCGCCUUGACGUUCUUCUACCUCGCAGCUUUACUGCUACGGCGUGCCAUAUCGGCGGCACGUACACCUGAGGAAGCCCAGGGUUCUGCACUCAAACCCUGUGUCGUCCAUUCCUCUGCCAAUCUGCAGGCUCAAACUCUUCAGCAGCAGCAGUUGGGUGGGCUGCUGCUGCACACAAGUGCGCAUCGCACCAUCCCCGGGGACUCCGCUCAGCUGCAAGGCCGCCACAAAGAGCCCAAUAAAGCUAUCUCUUCUGCUGAUGCUUCUGCUGGGGGAAUGUCCUCAAACUCGCUGGUCCCUUCGAAGCCGAGAGCUCUAGUUUCGCCGAUUCCGCCGGUUCGCUCACUGCUGGGGUUGCAGCUGUUGCUGCCGCUUCUGGCUCGCGCCUCUCCUGCAGCGACACCAUCACCACCAACGAAUUAUCUCAGGACAGCAGGAACAGCAGCAUUUUCCGGGCCUCCUUACCCUCCUAUCCCCCUGCCUGCUCCUCCAGGGGCCUCCUUCCCGGGGGACCCACAGGCCAGAAGCCUGCGGCAAGAGGGCAGACCCACUAACCUUAAGCUCAGCCAUCAAGUGGAGAUGGGAAACGUGGAGAGAAGUUCUAAAGUGCAAAUUCAAAUGAACAACGACAACGGGAACAGGAAGUAUCCCUGGUAA